AUGGUCCAGAAAUUGACUAAAGAAAGCACAGUGAAAUUGAGAAACGGAGAAGAUAUUCCCGUGAUAGGUUUGGGUGUGUACAAAAAUGAAUUGCAAUCGUGUCACGAUGCUGUGAUUGAGGCAUUAAACGUCGGAUACCGGCUGAUUGAUUCAGCUGCCGUUUACGGAAACGAGGACAUUUGUGGAAAAGCAAUUGUUGAAUGGUGCGAGAAGACCGGACACAAACGAACGGACGUGUUUUUGACUUCGAAACUGGCUACGACAGGAAGUUACGAGGAGACAAAGGCGGCCAUUCGCAGCAGUCUGCAUCACUGUGGAACGUAUAUUGAUUUAUAUUUGAUUCACUCGCCAGCCGGCGGAAAGGAACACCGGUUGGAAAGUUGGAGAGCAAUUGAAGAGUUCAUUGACCGUGGAGACAUUCGUGGUGCGGGUGUUUCCAACUACGGAAUCAAACACUUGGAAGAGCUGUUCGCAUCCAAUCCCCGGUACCUUCCUGUGGUAAACCAAAUUGAGCUCCACCCGUUUUUGACACAGGAACCUAUUGUUGACUGGUGCCGAGAGCAUGACAUCGUCGUAGAGGCAUAUUCUCCGUUGACUCGCGGCAAGCGGUUGAAUGACCCCAAGAUUACUAGAUUGGCCGAGGUUUAUGGGGUAACCCCGGCACAGCUGCUCCUCCGCUGGUCUUUGCAGAAGGGUUUUGUUCCCGUGGUCAAGAGCUCACACAAAGAACGCAUUGAAGAGAACUUCGAGGUCUUUGACAUUGAGCUGAGCGAUCGAUGCGUUCAGAAAUUGGACCAGUUCAACGAGAACUGGCACACUGAUCCUACUUGGGAUCCUACACAGUCGGAUUAG